AUGGGCAAACGACAAUUCAAAUCGCAGGCUUCUAGCACUCGUGCUUCAACUGCCACUGGCGCCGGCUUCGGGUUUGGCUUUACCACAAAAGCCACCAGAUUAUCAUACCUUACAGAACCAUCAGACCUCUCUUCCAUCAGUGAUGCAAAUGUCAUUCUAUCAUUCAAGAAUCUUUCGAAGAAAGACGCUACAACAAAGUCGAAAGCUCUAGAGGAUCUGCGAACGUUCGUUCAGAAUCAGCCAAACGAACAAGGAGGCACUGAAGAAGCAAUUUUAGAAGCAUGGGUCGACGUCUAUCCUAGAAUUUCCAUAGAUAAUGCACGUCGUGUUCGCGAGCUAUCUCACAGCAUACAGUAUGAGCUUCUAAAAUCAGCCCGGAAAAGAAUGGAAAGAUAUAUACCCAAAGUCGUAGGAAGCUGGCUGGCAGGAACCUAUGAUAGAGACCGAGCAGUGGCACGAUCAGCAAUGGAUGGUCUAACAUCUUUCCUCGAUACGGAUGCUAAAAUGAAUCUGUUUUGGAAGCGUUGCCAGAAUGAGAUCCUCGACUACGCCGAAGAAGCCUUGAAUGAGACUCCUAUUACUUUAAGUGACGAAAGAUCCGUCCCGAUAGAAGAAGCAAACGAAAAGUACUUCCGUGUGAAUAGCGCCAGUGUAUCUCUUCUCGCCAAUCUGCUAGCCAAGCUAGGUGAUGAUGAUAUGCUUAAGCAUCAAGAUAGGUACGAAAAGGUUAUUUUCGGGAACAAAAAACUAUGGACGCUGGCAUCAUGCGAAGAUGCUCCCGCAAGAAAAAGUACCGAUAAAUUACUCGUACUAUGCCUAGAGAAGCAGACUGAACUGGUUGAGAACAACCUUGAGACUAUCAGUCGUGCAUUCAUAUCUGAGGCAUUGAGAUCUCCUCAAUUAACAUCUGCUUUGCAACUAUUGCAGACUUUGCACCAGCUAACCAAGCAAUUUCCUCAAGUAUGGACUUCUGCAUAUAAGGCUAAACGAUCUACUGCUACAAGCGACCUGAUAUCUUUUGUUCAAAAAGGCUCACAAGGCUCUUCCCCUGCUUAUUGGCAAACAUUGCGAGCUCUUGUGGCAAUUCUACCAAUAGAUGUUCUGCCUCAAAACCCCAAUUCUAUCCUGGAGUUUUUGGGGGUAUUUCGCAAGAGUAUCAACCAGAGGGAGGAGAGCAGGGCCAACUCUUCAGAAGCAUGGCUCGCUUACGGAGAAACAUCCAACAUUUGUAUCGUAAACCUGUCAAGUUCUCAGCAAGCGGAGAUUGUACAGAAAUCUACAUAUCCCAUGUUUGAGCAUUAUUUACAUCCAUCUCCAGAAACUUCCGAAUGGCUCAUCAGAAACAAUACACCAUCUUCAACUAUAUCUGCUUUUAUCUCUAGCUUAGGGAAGAACUCCAAUCUACAAAGUUCUCUCGCCGAAGAAUGGCAAAAGCUCGCCCAAAAUUUUAUUACAAGAAUUCAAACAUCAAUGCCAGAGCAAUCAAAAGAGUAUUCAUCUUCUCAAGAUGCUGUCAUGGCUGAAGGCCACCGGUGGUUUUCACUUCUGUCUGACGUCUUCAAAUUAAAGGAUCUUACAGCUGAUGAAAACCCACUCCUUCAACCUUCGAGCAAUAUCAUAGAUAGUACUCUCCAAGUAAUUAUCAACAGGAACGGGAAACCCUACUCGGCUGGGGCAGUAUUAGAAUCAGCGCUGAGAUACUCUCCGCAGCUAAUGGAAGCCUCCCCCACAGUCUUGGAAGCCGUCAAAUCGUUCAUGGAAACCCAUCUUCCUAAAUUUCUUUUGUCGCCAUCAUCUUCAUACUUAAUCUCAGCUUUAGACCAACUUCGUUUAAUUUCUGGGCAGCAAGACUCUUACAAGAGUAUCUGGCAGACGGCUAUUGAUGCUCUGUUAUCGACCCCCAGGAAUUCACAGCGACAGAAAACCAUCACAGCUCUGAUAUCUUCAAAUGAGAUUUCGGAUUUGGUCCGUGAUGACCAAGCUCUCCAAGAUAUUCUCCUUGAGACUUCCCGUGAUGUGGUCGAUGGCAAUAAUGAGGAGUGGGCACUGUUCGAAGCGGCGGUAAUUUUUAAUGGGUUCUCCAAAUCAACAGAAAAGUUAUUGCUUCAAAGCCUAAUCUCUUUACUAAAUGCUUCUAACCCCAAUGUAAAUCUUGUAUUUCAGGCACUUGAAUUACUAUCCAAAAGACAACCUGAAGCUAUUCGAGACGGAGACGCGCACGUAGAUUUAAUCACGAAACUUUUGGCAUUGACAGAACUCUCAGAUUCUGAGCUUGGCAAACGGGCUAUGAAUUUACGAUCAGUAGUCGACAAUGAAAGUGGUGUCACUACUUCUUCUGUAGUUCAUAUACUCAAAGAAAAUCUGGAAAACGCAAGUCCUCAAUCACUGACUAUCGAUACACUUGUUCAACAGGCCGAAGCGGUUAUCAGCACCUUGGAUGAUAGUUCGCAUCAUCCCGAACUCUUUCCAAGUGCAACUAAAUGGUCUGAAGCUUUAGCCCCUCUGUUGGAUCAAGCACCAAAUCCUACUUUAGGAGUGAUGAGACCAUUCGCAGGAGCUGUAUUUUUAGCGCACGCACAAAAUGGUAACAAUAGUAGUCGCCCUGGCAGAGAUCUAGAUGGCUAUUCCGUAGCUCUCAGAAUGGCAAUGUAUUCUGCACAUUUAAUUCGAGACCAUCCUGACCGCUUGUCAAAGGAUGCUCUUGUCGAGAUUAUAUAUCUCAUGUGCUUGACUGUGGAACUUGCUAAUGACCAGCUCGAUCUACUAGAGAAUAACAAGCUUUUCGUGUUAUCGUCGGAAGAAGCUAUUUCUGGCGUGCGCGAUUUUGUGGACCGGAUAUAUCAAGAUUCAUGGUCAUUCAUCGUACUACACUCGAAAGCUUGGCAAGAUGGUUUUGAGUCAGGGUCACCCCUUGAAUUUUCGGGUGUUGUUCACAUCCUUAUUUCAAAGCUGAUAAAUGCUUCCUGUGGCGAUACAUCUACGUCUUUCUACUCGGCUCGUGUGUUGAGCCAUCUACUACCCAAACUUGUUGAACAACACGGAUGGCAAGUUGGAGGCGAAGAAUGGAUCUCCAGCCUUGAAAUUCUCAAAUCCUCUACAUCGAACAUUCUUGGGGCUGUUGCCAUCUUGACAGGGCUUCAUGAGACCCUCAGUACUAGCCAGCUUGUCAGCAACCUUUGCAACCGGAUCAUUAGUGAUGUUGCUAGUGCCGAUGCCCAAUCUGAAAAAACUCUCGGUCGACUUGUUCUCCUGAAUGCAACAUUAUCCGUGUACAACAAUGAUGAUCUUCCUGUGGCACAAAAUCGAUUAGUGUUUGCGGUCAAGCAAAUUCUUUCAUGGGCCCCAGAAAUUUCAGACACUAAUUAUCAGCUCUCUUCUGAGUCUUGUCUUGCUCUACAAAAGUUGCUCCCGGCGAUUAAAUCUGUCUACGGAUCGUACUGGGAGAAGACCCUCGAGUUCUGCAUCAAAAUUUGGGAAUCAAUGGAAAAUGAAGAUCACCAGGACCAAAAGCUCCCCAUGAUGGGGAUGUCUUUGAAACUGUUCUCAAAUUUACAAAGCUUACAAGAUGCUAAUGAUGACCUUGAGGAUGCCCGAGCUCAAUAUGGAGAGACUGCAUCUCAUUGUUUGAUCAAGCUCACCAAGUUAUCCAGAUCUAAAUCAACGCAACCAGUCGAGUUUGUUGAUAAUAUUUUGUCGCGGCUAGUAAUUAAUAUACCUUCAAGUCAUAUUGAUGACAUCUCCGAGUUCUACCCUUUGGUAGCUUCAGAGAAUAGGAUGGUUCAAUCUGCAGCAUUUAGUGUUCUUCAUCGGGCCAUACCUGCAGAGCAAGAGGAAAUCUCGGUCAACGCCCUUCUUGAAAAGAAAGAUGCGCAAUUGCCAGAAGAAUUACUAUCUCUUCUCUUAGACGCACCAUCUAUUCGCAACUUUGAUGACGAAGAGCUUGCAGAAUUUCCUCCUUCGAUUCGUAGCUAUUUACUUUCGUGGCAUUUGGUUUAUGAUGCGUUUAGCACAGCGUCUUGGAAAGUGCGCAAAGACUAUUGCAAUCACCUUCAGUCAGAAAACUGCCUUGGAUCAUUUUUAACGUUUUUGUUCGAUGUGCUAGGCCAUUCAGAUGGUACGCCUCUCAACCUUGAAAAAGCACAUUUUGAUGAAUCAUAUAUUCGCGCAUACGAUACAUCACUAGCAGACAGUGAAACAAAUGAGCGAAACUUCCAAUGGCUUCUCAUUCAUCUAUAUCAUUUAUGUCUUAGACACACUGGUGAUCUUGCAAAGGCUUGGUUUUCUGACUGUCAAUCCAAACAGACCCGACAAGCAGUUGAGACAUGGACAGAAAAAUACUUCACUCCACUUCUGAUCUCUGACAAACUUGAUGAGAUCGAGGAAUGGGCAGCUUCGAAGGAGGCCAAAGAAGGAGGCGAGAAAGAGCUCGAAAUUAAAACAUCGAAGAGCGCACGUUCCAUCUUUGCCAGCUACGAAAUCGAUGAUACUAGCAUACAAAUUGCCAUUCGAUUUCCACCCAACUAUCCUUUCUACAACGUCAAAGUCGAGGGUAUCAAUCGUGUUGCCGUACCAGAAAAGAAAUGGAGAAGUUGGCUACUCAUCGUUCAGGGUGCUAUCACAUUCUCAAACGGUAGUCUGAUCGAUGGAUUGACUACUUUCCGUCGUAAUGUCGAGGGUAGUCUUAAAGGACACACCGAAUGUGCUAUCUGUUACAGCAUCAUAUCGAGCGACAAGAAAACGCCGGAUAAGAAGUGUGGAACUUGCACACAACCCCACCAACAGCCAACAGCCAACAGCCAACCAACCAACUUUCUCCCGCGCGGGAAAGGCCGUGCACCAGCCAGGCAUAAGGGAAGCACCCUGGAACACCCUGACACUCCUCCAUCCAGCUCGGGAAACCUCGGGGUUAGCAUCCAUAGUGGAUCCCCUAAUCGUAUUACCCCGCAACCAAAGUGCAUGAAUGGUGGUGGACAUACCCGCAUGCUACCUAUACCGAGCCAUACUCAGCCUUUGAGCUAUCCUGUUCUUGAUCGUAUCGUAUUGAUUGAGGUAGAUGGUUGGCACAAUGCACAAGGGUUAUUGUCGAACCGAGGUCCGCACAAUCAAACACGAGCAUUUCGAAUGGGUUAUUGGUCUUCAUACCUUGAUCAUGGAUUUGAAAAAGAGCUCAAUCGCCGUCAGCGACUCUUAAAACAGAAAUAUGUUGAGGCCAAAAGCAUUAAGCGUGAUGAGCGCGUUCCGGAUUACAAACGUGCCAUGCAUAACUUCAUGCGCAGCAAAACAAUCUAUUUUUCUCCUGCUCGCUCCAAGUACACAUUCAAAGCCGAUGUUGAAGGCACGGAUAGUGGUGUGGAAUCAAUCCGAUUAUCGCAAGCUGACGAAGCAUACUGGAGAAAUCUGAAGUCAAAAAACCAGUUGGAUAAUGAAUUCGAGCUGGAAAAUGAGAACUACCAGAUAGACCCGAUCACAAAUCGAAAGGUGUUCAAAAAUGAACAGGCUGUAAACAUUCCCGUAACGAAGUUCAGGGGAUAUCGUCAGCGAUUUCAAAACUUAGUCCCGCCAGAUGAUGCCACUCAAGCUGAUAUUGAUGCCUAUAACAAACCAUUCAUGUACAAUGAACCUGAUGGGAAAUUUCCCGAGAAACCUGACUCUGUACGAGAAUCUCUCAAGGAAUACGAUAGUAAAGGAUACAAGGCAUAUUUUCAUAACGAACCGGACGGACAACCGCCUCAAAAGGCAGAUCCAGUACAAGAAGGACUCAAGGAUUACGACAGUUGUACAUCUUAUAACGCUUUUCGAUAUAGAGAGCCUGAUGGAAAGCUGCCAGAGCAACCAGAUUGUGUUCAGGAAUCAUUGAAAGAUUAUGAUUCACACACAACUUAUGGGUUUUUCCGUCACAAUGAACCCGAUGGAAAGUUGCCCGAAAAGCCAGAUUCGGUUCGAGAAAGUUUGAAAGAUUAUGAAGCGGAUACUUCUUAUGGAUCAUUUCGAUAUAAUGAGCCUGACGGAAAAUUUCCAGAGAAGCCAGAUGCAGUACAAGAGUCGUUGAAGGAAUAUGAUACAAGCAAUUCAUAUGGAUCCUUUCGAUAUAAUGAGCCCGAUGGAAAACUCCCCGAGAAGCCAGAUGCAGUUCGAGAAAGUUUGAAAGAUUAUGAUGCCGACACUUCUUAUGGAUCGUUUCGUUAUAAUGAGCCCGAUGGAAAGUUUCCUGAGAGCCCUGAUCAGACACGCGAAGCAUUGAAGGAGUAUGAUCAGAAGCAAGCAAAAAUCACCCAACAUCCUGGUUCCGAGUCCAAGAUUCCUGGCACGAGCUCGUCGGAAAAAAAUGUGGAAUCAAAAACUUCGCUAUCCUCAAAAUUUUCGCACAAAUACCCCGAGCCAGAUACGAGAGAAGAUCUUGACCUGCUUCGAGCAAGUGACAUUCGCGCUGCUUCGGGUAUCAUCAAGAGUACAAAGAAAGAAACUCUUGAAGAGAAGUCCACUAAGAGAGAGCAAUUGGAAAAAGCUUUCGAGGAAGCGCAUCAAAAUGUAAUUAAGGAAGGUUCUGAGACCCUUAACCAAAAGGAUCAUAAGAAUGCAGGACAAGUCGAGAAACGAAAAGUCACAGGAAACUUUGUUCGGGAUUUUCCAGAAGAAUUUGAAAAAUCUUGGUCACAACAAAAAGACGGCACAGGAGAAUUGAUGCCAACAGUGUCUGAAGAUGCUUGGGGCUAUGACAAGUCACCCAAGGGACUAGAGCUUUCUUAUUCAACGGAGGUCAAGCAAUCUGUUCAAAAGGCUGAGAAGGAAUAUAUUGAAGGUCUUGGCGUGAAAGAAGCAUUUUCUCGAAACCCAAACACACCAAGACUUCAAACAUCCUUGGAUCGAUCUGCGACAAAGCCAAAAUCUCUUCAACCUAAUUUGGCCAAACCAAUAGCAGAAACUGAUCCGUACUCGAAGGUACCUCAAGGCUUAGAGACGUCAUAUAAAGAGGAAUGCGCAAACCAAGGCGAAGGAGAUUUAUCGGUAUAUGUUUCAUCUUAUGGAAAGCCCAGAAAACAAUCUAGUAAGGACAAAGAUCUAGUUCGCGAAAUCCGAGGAAUCUAUGAAGAUAAUUAUGGAAAAAUUGGCUCCAAACAUCGCCAAGUACCUAUAAAUGAUGCACCAGCGGCAAGUUCGCCCGGAGAAAAGCCCGCGUCGGGCCCUGAGCCAACCACUUAUAAGGUUUUGGCUUAUGAUUCGACAAUGCAGUCUAUUAACAUCGCUGAAACAACAUCUAUUGUGACUGAUACAGCAUCAGCUUUGACUCCUGCAGAGGUUCUUCUUCGAUUGUCUAAUCCUGCAAAGUUCUUUCCACAUUUCCAACCAUUGCAGGCUGAGGGUUAUGAGAUUGUAUCCGGAAGUGGAGAUGUUCUUGUAUUCCGCAAAGUACGACCAGUAAGACGCUCGUCCUCGCAGGCCGAUCUGAAGAAUAAUACAACAAAUCCGAUAGAUGGUAUGCAGGUGGCAACAGCGCGAUUCGCCAGUCCUACAGGUUUCGUGAAUCAUGAUUUACCAGAAUCAGCAGAACCAUCAUUCAAAUCAAACAUUGACGUUCGACGCGAAGAACCAGUAUUCAGUGGUAAAUCUUCCUGGAAGGAUCACUCGGAAAUUAAGAGCAAGAAGUCUGGCAAGGCAAAGAGAGUAUUAUUAGGCGGUGCCAUUGUCGGCAGUGGAUGCUAUGCGAUUGGCGUGGUAACAGAGUUCUUCAGAACUGGAGGCGUGGAUGGAAAGGGUCCGCAGGGAUUUUGA